GUUGAAAGUAUAUGGCGAAGCGAACGGCAACGGCGCGAGGAAGAACAGCGCAGAAAACAUGCGCGCGGCGAGGAUACUGUCCGAUCAGUGAAGGAAGAGGGCUUUGAGCCAAAAUUCCAUGAUGCUGCUGAGCGUGAGCAAUGGGAAGCCGAGCAGAAGAUAAUCGAUCGUGAAUGGUAUGACAACGAUGGCGUGUAUGACGAAGAGUACAACCCAUUUGCAAAGGUCAGCGAAGAGUUCGUGGAGAAGCGUGAAAAACAAUGGCAAGAGAAAACGACCUCGGCACGACCUCGCCUGACGCUGAAGCAGCAGUCUAUAAAACGGGAAAAUGAGCUCUGGGAAAACAAUCGGCUCCAUAGAUCAGGUGUGGUGGCGCUGACAGAUGAGCUGUCGACUCUGUUCGAUGACGAAACGGAUGAAAAUCGUGUGAAUCUGCUGGUCCAUAAUAUAGUACCGCCUUUUCUCGAUGGUCGCAUUGUAUUCACAAAGCAAUCGAAACCUGUUAUUCCGGUAGUUGACACUACCUGUGACAUGGCCGUCGCUGCAGCCAGAGGAAGCAAAGUUGUUCGACAGUUCCGCGAGUCGGAAGAAAGAAAAAAGGCUCAAGAAAAGCACUGGGAAUUGGCAGGCAGUAAGCUGGGAAAUCUGAUGGGCGUUAAGCAGAAACCCGAUGAAGUAGAAGAUCCUGAUAAAGAUGACGCUAGUGAUUACAGAGAAUCUCACCAGUUUGCCUCGCACAUGAGCGAAAAAUCGGAGGCCGUGUCCGAUUUCGCAAUGGAGAAGACAUUGAGGAAUACCUACCCGUAUUUGCGUGCCGACAGAAGAAUGCUUAACGUCAUUAGAGAGAACAAUGUUGUGAUUAUAGUCGGAGAGACUGGUUCAGGAAAAACCACACAGCUUGCGCAAUAUUUGCUCGAGGAAGGAUUUGGAAGUACAGGAAUCAUCGGUUGCACCCAACCACGUCGAGUUGCUGCUAUGAGUGUAGCGAAGCGUGUAGCUGAUGAAAUGGAUGUCGAGCUUGGUCAAGAAGUCGGAUAUGCAAUUCGUUUCGAAGAUUGUACAUCAGAGAAGACUGUGAUAAAGUACAUGACAGAUGGUAUCCUGCUCAGGGAAUGUCUGGGUGACGGCGAUCUUGAUCAGUACAGCGCUAUUAUCAUGGACGAAGCUCACGAACGUUCACUCAAUACUGACGUUCUUCGUCUACUCGAGAUCUGUCCAACAUUCACGAUACCUGGCCGUACGUUUCCCGUGGAGAUUUUUCACGCGAGAGCUCCGGUGGAAGAUUAUGUGGAUGCCGCCGUCAAACAAGCAAUCACUGUUCACCUUGGUGGCAUGGAUGGAGAUAUUUUGAUUUUUAUGCCUGGUCAGGAAGACAUUGAGGUAACCUGCAGCCUGAUGAAGUCACGACUCGAAGAAUUGGAUGAAGCUCCACCUCUUGCUGUGCUUCCAAUCUACUCCCAACUACCCAGUGACUUACAGGCGAAAAUUUUUCAACGUGCCCCUGGCGGCAUGCGGAAGUGCAUUGUGGCCACGAAUAUAGCUGAGACUUCUUUGACCGUUGACGGUAUUCUGUUUGUGAUCGAUCCGGGUUUCUGCAAAAUGAAAGUCUACAAUCCACGUAUUGGUAUGGAUGCUCUCCAGUCCCUGAAAUUCCAACGAACAAAUCUCUCGAACGUCGUGCUGCUUCUGAAGUCUCUGGGUGUUGACGAUCUGCUCAAGUUUCACUUUAUGGAUGCGCCACCACAGGAUAACAUGCUUAAUUCCAUACUCAAAAUUAGGUUAGGUAGGACCAUGGUUGAGUUUCCACUGGAUCCUACGCUAUCGAAGAUGUUAAUCAUGUCAGAAUCGAUGGGAUGCAGUGAAGAUGUCUUGACCAUAGUAUCUAUGCUUUCCGUGCCGGCGAUAUUUUUCCGACCGAAAGGUAGGGAAGAUGAGGCAGAUGCGAAAAAGGAGAAAUUCCAGGUCCCAGAAUCAGACCACUUGACGUUUUUAAACGUUUAUUUGCAAUGGCGGCAACAUAAAUAUUCGGCUAAGUGGUGCGCAGACAAUUAUAUCCACGCCAAGGCCAUCAAGAAGGUUCGUGAAGUGCGAGCACAACUAAAAGAGAUCAUGCAAGAGCAAAAGAUCAAGAUUGUUUCUACCGGAAGCGAUUGGGACGUUAUACGGAAGUGUAUUUGUUCGGCGUAUUUCCACAAUGCUGGCAGGCUGAAGGGUAUCGGUGAGUACGUCAACGUCCGCACAGGUAUUCCGUGUUUCCUACAUCCAACAUCCGCAUUGUUUGGAAUGGGUUUCAUGCCGGAUUAUGUGGUGCGUUACUAUACAGUUGUUAAUGAAUCGAGGACAUCUCGGUCAGAGAAGCGCCUGGAAAGUGUACGGACAGCUGAGAGUAUGGAGGAGGAGAUGCGGGUAGCUCAAAAGGAAAUGCAACGACGAAAAGAGGAAUCGGAGAGGGUUCUUAAACGGCCGGAUAGCGUACGCAUAGCGGAUAUGGAGCUACUUCCAGCCGAGCUGUUGCAGAGGAUCGGUAUAUGUCUAACGUACACCGAUCGGCUGAACUUAUCACUUGCAUGCUCACGAAUUUUCGCCGCUCUG